UUGCGGUUUGCACCUGCCAGAAAGCUCUUGACGCUGUCUGCCAUGGAGCGCGCAGAGCCGUGCUAGGCGACCAGGAGCCGUCGAGGGACGGCUCAUGGCGGGCGUCAAGAGUGCACCAGGCAAGACUGGCACUCGUGCUGCACUGGUGCCUAUGCAGCGAGCAGUGUUGCUCACCAAGGAGGACUUGGAGAACUUUCAGAACAACGCUUUCAAUCGGGACUCUGUGAGCUCCUUGUUGCCCUUCAGCUCGCGGGCGGCGCCCGUGGUGUCGGCCCCAUCUUCCGCGGCAGGUCCGGUGGGAGGUUGGCCGCCGGCGCCGCGACGGAGGACCCGGUCCGCUUCUGCCCGCCAACCUUCCAGCGAGGUGGCUCUUCCUUGCGCCGACGUUGUGCCUGUGAGCCAAGUGGUGCUGAAUCCCGGAUGCCGGGAAGCUGCCCUGGCCGCUGCCAAGAGUCUUGUCAACCAGGGCAUCAAGAAGCCUUCACGUGUGGUCCGGUCCAAGACGCUGUCUCGCAUGGACCGCAUCAGCCCGGAGCCGGCACCGUCAGGCCGAGGGGACAGUCCGCUGGUUCUGCAAGGCUACGCCCCAUCCAGGCGAGAUCACGACCGCACCUCGGAGGGCUCCCCGUCGGUUGCAGAGUGCAGUCCGGAAAGCGCUGCAAGCGCGGCGCUGCAGCUCGGUUGGCGAGAUUUCCUGCAGGUGAGCGGGCACGCUCCUGCCAAUCCCUGCGCUGUUGAGAGUCCCCCCUGGGAGGAAGAGGACUGGACGAGCAGCGAAAGGGAGACAGAGGCCGAGUCUGACACUGAAGCUUUCUACUACCGGCAGUACAGAUAUCGCGAGGUCAUGUCUCAGAGGGCUCCGGCUCCGGAUGUGCGGCCAAAGAAGCUGCGCCGCGGCGCGACGCGCGGGCCAAGUGGACCAAACCUGGAGGAGGAGGAGAUGGUCAGCGCGUGGCCCAUGGGUUGGGAGCCGGGGCCGUGGCCCGUGAGUUCCGGGCGCGGGCUCUUGCAGACCCAGUGGGAUGCGGAGCCGGAUGAGCGCCGGGAGGUGGACUUGCUCCAGAGAGUCGCGGAGGCCUUGAGCCAGUUCUACGGGCUUGGCGAGGGGGGCGUCAGGCUGCCAAGUGAUGUGGUGAACGUGGUGGUGGUGACGGAGGAGGCUUGGAAGCACAAGCAGCGGGAGAGUCAGCUGGAGGAGCCCCCGGUCUUGUGGGUCCGGGGCGGCCGGGUCUACGACUUCCACGGAGACCGCGGGACAGUGGCCGAGUUUGAAAACGACCUCCUGUCCCGGCAGGUAGAAGAUGAUGCGAUUUGCCGCCAAAGGCGGCAAAAGCAGGGGCUGCUGCCCUUCCCCUUUCUGGCUCUGCCGCAGAAGGAGAAGGAAGAGCUAGACGAGGAGAAGGAUGCGAAGGAUGUCCGUGAUCGACGGCGGUAGCUGCUGCGAUCUGCAUAGGCCUGAUGAUUUGGCUGU